UGUUCGUGGGGAUGUUCGUGGUGUUAGGGGUUGUGUACCUUCUAUACAGGCGGUUCCAGUGGCAAAAACUGGUUAACGAGAUGAAAUGGAAGCUUGACUUUGGCGACAUUAUGCAGGAGAGAAAGUCGCGGUCCAUGAUGAGGUUUAGGUCGAACGGUUGUAUGUCUGUGGCAUCAUUGGGCACAUCAGUGAGCAACAACUCGGUUAGAGAACAAGAAUACAUUACAACUGGACAAUACAAUGGUGUUAUAGUGGCUAUGAAGCAUAUUAAACAUCUAAAUGAAAUAAAGCUGACCAGAGAGCUGAAGAUCGAGCUGUCACAGCUACACGAUGUCGUGCAUACCAACAUCCUGAGGUUCAUUGGUGCCUGUAUAGAACCGGGAAAGGUUCACAUAGUAUCUGAAUACUGUUCAAAGGGUAGCCUCCAGGAUGUUCUUGAAAACGAAAAUGUCGACUUAGACUGGUCGUUUAGACAUUCAUUGAUCAACGAUAUACUCAAGGGCCUGCAGUAUUUACACAUGUCAAAGUUUAAAUGUCAUGGUAACCUGAAGAGUUCCAACUGUCUCGUUGACAACCGAUUUAGUGUCAAACUUGGUGAUUUUGCUCCCGUGGAAUGGCAACGUGAAUCUGCGAGAACGGGAAACGAUCUUCUCUGGACGGCACCGGAAGUACUACGCCGCCAUUGCCAAGUAAAUCAGCAGAGCGACAUCUAUAGUUUAGCUAUCAUACUACAGGAGAUCAUAGAAAGAAAGGGCCCAUUCUAUAUGCAUCAUGAUGUCAUCCACACUGCUAAUACAGAGGCGGGCUAUGCAGCAGAUGAGAUAGUCCAAAAGGUGAUGGAUAGUCGAACACACCCGGUCCGUCCUACCAUCACCCCUGGCGAGUGUAGCGUCAAGCUGUCGCAACUGGUGAUAAAAUGCUGGGCGGAGAACCCGGAGGCUAGGCCAAAGCUACAAGACGUGCUGACAGAGUUUAGUGGAAUCCACGGAGCGAGAGGGAAGUUAAACAUCAUGGAUAGCCUUAUGCAGCGUAUGGAGCAGUAUGCGAACAACCUCGAGGACCUCGUCGAGGAGAGGACUGGCAAAUACCUCGAGGAGAAGAAGAGAGUGGAAGAGCUGCUUCAUCGUCUCUUGCCCCCUGUGAUAGCUACGCAGAUCCAAGAGAAAGGCCAAGUGGAUCCCGAGACAUUCGAGUGCGUGACCAUCUACUUUAGUGAUAUAGUGGGCUUCACCAAGCUUUCUUCCAUGAGCACUCCAGUGCAAGUGAUAGAUUUCCUGAACGACCUCUACACGAUGUUCGACGAGAUCAUCUCAGAGUAUGACGUGUACAAGGUUGAGACUAUCGGCGAUGCGUACAUGGUUGUGUCCGGUUUACCGAACAAAAACGGCGACAACCACGCGGCGGAAAUAAGCAAGAUGUCAUUGAAACUGCUGAAAUCGAUUAAAAAGUUCACAAUCAGCCACUGUCCGGACCAACUGCUACAGUUGCGGAUAGGGUUACACUCGGGUCCAUGUGCUGCUGGUGUGGUUGGCCUGACGAUGCCAAGAUACUGCUUGUUCGGCGACACAGUUAAUACUGCUUCAAGGAUGGAAAGCAAUGGGGAACCCCUGAAGAUCCAUAUCAGCAACUCCACAAACGAGAUAUUGUCGCGGUACGGGUACUUCACAACAACGUUUCGCGGAGAACUGGCUAUAAAGGGUAAAGGUCAAAUGAAGACGUACUGGCUAGAUUCAGUCACUGAUGCAUCGAGACAAUGAUAGAUUCAGGACAAGACUUGGAACCGGUCGAAUCAAAUAUCAAGUCAAGUAUGGCAGCAAGAACCAAUUACAUUCUCAGAUGGGGAUCGCCAAAAGACAUUGAGUGAAGGAGUUUGUUAUUUACCAGUAUUAUAAACUAUAGACUUUGUGAUUAUUUACAUUCAAAAUGUGGCGAAUAUGCAAUUGCAGGAAAGUUGCGACCAAAAUGAUAAUGAGCGGACGUGAAAGACGUCUCCCUCAUCGAAAAGGGUUAAAUGAACUUUGAAUGUACUGCAUGCAGUUGGAAGGCCUCAGCAGUGCUAAAACGAAGCUGUAACAUGAUCUGAUGGGUGUCACUGAUAAAGAGGGUCAAAUUGAUACUGGCAAACGUCGGCUGUCACCUCGUUGACAUAAUAAAGUUGGUCGUCAUUUGUACAACAGAAUCUGGGUUUGUAACGAUGUUAUGUCAAAAGUGCGAAUCUUAAGUUGUCAAUUGCAGCGAACUUCUUCCUUCGUCACGUUGAUCAUUCCGUGCGUAAUUGAAAAAUAUAAUAACAUUUAUUGUCAUGUCACAGUUAGUAUCUCCGAUCGUAUUACGCUGCAAUAGGAUGCAAAACUGUCAGACUAAAGAGCCAUUUGUGAUAUUCUGGCGGCUGUGCCCUGUACCGUAUGAGGUCCGCCGUUUAACUUUG